AGUAUAAUUAAUGUCAUGCUAUUUACUUGCGGAAAAUAUUUUUGCAGUUGUAAAUUGGCCGCCUACCUUUCUUUUCCUAGUACACUUUUAUAAAAUGGGGGCGGAAUAUCUGCAUUGCUAAUGAGCUGUCUACUUUUACUUUGAGGCCGUCCGUGAUGUAAUUCCUUUUUGUACGCUGUCGUUUUGUUUACAACACUAUGCAAUUAUAAAAACAGCGGUGUUAAUUGUAAAUUACGCUGUACAUAAUUUGAGUAUUUCGAGCUAUUCUUUCUCCAUGGCUGCAGCCGCUGUUUAUAUGUUAUGUUCAGCGCUCGAUUCGGGGCUUAAACCCCUUAAGCCACAAAGAGCGUAAUAAGUACAAAUUGGUCAUCGUAUUUGUGCUGGUGGUGAAUUUGAAAUUUGCAAACGCAACAGAUAGAAGAUCUACUGACAGAAGUUGCCUCUCGAAAUUUGAAAAAAAGAAGAUAGACAUGUGACGCAAAUCUUAUUCCAGCUGCGACGUAGCGAGUUUCCGCUUUAUUUUUCUCAUUUUUUUGGAGUGAUUAAGGUUUUGUCGCGUAUCCUCGGCGCUUAUCUGUGAAAGGUUGGGACCCCCCGCCCGCGCCCCUCCAAGUUCAGUGCACUUCGCGCGCGUGCGCAUGUUCUUUGCACACUGCACUAGACUUGCCGUCAGGUGUUGUGGUGUCCGCCGGUGGUUUCCGGGACUUUCACGGCUUUCACUUUCAGCUGCGGCAAUGCCGAGCACCGUGGAGAAGUCGUUCCAGCCUUACCACAUCACCGAAGAGUCAGCGACGAUGCGUACCGAAUUCAGGAUCCGUGCUCGGAACAGAUCGUAUGAAGGUCUCACGAAGGAGACCGAGGGUCAGUGGAAAGGCCCAUUUUUCUUCAUCCAGGCAGCGGACACGCAGUUUGGCAUGAUUGAGUCAUACCUGGAGAAAAAGCCAAACCCACAAUGGGACAAGGAAAUAGCGCUCACCGAAAAAGCUGUUGAGGCUGUCAAUCGGAUGGAGCCGAAGCCGCGGUUCUUUGUUGUCUGUGGAGACCUCGUGGACGCCAUGCCUGGGGAUCAGCUGAAGCCGGCGCAGGAGGCGGACUAUAAGCGGGUCUUCUCAAGGAUGAGCAGUGAAGUGCCACUUGUGUGCAUCUGUGGCAACCACGACAUUGGCAAUCAGCCGACACCUGCCACUGUUGGUGCCUACAAGAACAGCUUUGGCGAUGACUACUUUGCCUUCUGGUGUGGUGGCGUAAUGUGCAUUGUCCUCAACUCGCAGUUCUAUGAGGACCCAUCCCUUGUGCAAGAGCUGGCGCAAGAGCAGGAUGUGUGGCUGGACCAGCAGCUGGCUGAAGCCCAGCAGACAAAUGCCAAGUAUGUGCUAGUCUUCCAGCACAUCCCCUGGUUCCUGUGCAGGUUUGACGAGGAGAAGGAGUACUUCAACAUCGUGCUGGAACUGAGGCUACGCAUGCUCGAGAAGUUCCACCAAGCUGGUGUGCGUGCCAUCUUCUGCGGCCACUACCAUCGUAAUGCUGGCGGCUUUUACAAGGACAUGGAGUUGGUUGUGACCUCCGCCAUUGGAGCACAGCUCGGCAAUGAUGGUCACGGACUUCGUGUUGUGAAAGUUGGCGAAGACAAGAUCGAGCACCACUACUACAUGUUGGACGACAUCCCAAGAACGGUCGAUGCUUCUGUUGGACGCAUUUCGCGACCAUCUGACCCCGGAGUCGACAAGCCCUUUGAAGCCAAUCUCCGACAGGAGUACGAAGAGUGGGUGCGCAACCAUGACCGGAAGAAGAUGCCAACGGAAAAGCUGCAGAAAGCGUCACCAUCAACCAUCGCAAAGUGGAUUUCGGACGCGUGGAAGAGGGUCCAAGUGGACGUUGUGGUCAAAUCAUUUAAGAAGUGCUCGGUCACAAACAACUUCGACGGAAUGGAAGACGACCUGCUGUUUGAUACCGAGGGCAACGGUUCAAGUGGUGCGACGAACUCGAGUGGCAGUGAUAGUGACUGAGCAUCCUACACAAGCGGUAGGUUCACUGUCUGCACCAAUUUUUCUUUUGAAUGUUUGCAAAAUAAAAUGUUAUUUCUCACA